AGGUGCGUGUGUGGGGGGGGGGUUAUCCAAAUAAUCUCUUUCAACCAUUUCAAUGAAAACAAUGGAGCGAUGAUGCAGGGAUGUUUAGGGCUCUGAUUGGAUACCUCUGAACUUCAGGCGCAUUCCACGUCCCUUUUAAGAGCUUCAAUAGCCUCCAAACCUUAACUGCAGAAUUAGAAACGGUAAGAGAUACGCUGCUAAGCACAUCACAGACGCUGUAACGAUGGUUGAACGCUUUGUCGGGACAUGGCAGAUGGUGGCCAGCGAGAACUUCGAUGAGUUCUUGAAAGAAAUCGGAAUGGGAAUGGCAAUGAGAAAGGCAGCAUGCAUGGUUAAACCGGAGAUGACUGUGAGUGUGGACGCACAAGAUCUGAUAACCCUCACGAUGAAGACUUCUUUUAAAACAAAAGAAUUCCAGUUCAAACUCAACGAGCCGUUUGAAGGAACAUCAGCGAAUGACAAGACUGCAACAAUUGUUGUGACCCUUGAAGGGGGCAAACUUGUGCAGAAACAGACCUGUGAAGGCAGAGAAACAACAAUUGAGAGGGAAAUAGUAGAUGGCAAGUUGAUAAUGACAUGCAAAUCUGGAAAUGUUGUUGCCACGCGAACCUUCCAGAAGUAGGCCGGACUGGAUGCCCCGGGGGAUGAAGGUUGCAGCCAUAAUCUGAGUCAGGGAUGGUUACUUAACCAUGCUGUUCAUUCAAUCCCAUGCAUUGUUUUAUUGGAAUUACCUGCAAUUAUUAAAAAGAGAUCCCAAAAUGA